UAUCUCGUGCACACAGCCUGAGGGAGGAUGGAGACGUUGACAGGGAAAGACAAAGAGCUGAUACGAGGCAGCUGGGAGAGCCUGGGCAAGAAUAAAGUUCCUCAUGGUGUGAUCAUGUUUUCCAGACUGUUUGAGCUGGACCCUGCACUGCUCAGUCUUUUCCACUACAAUACAAACUGUGGCUCCACACAAGAUUGCCUCUCCAGCCCUGAGUUCCUGGAGCAUGUCACCAAGGUAAUGCUUGUGAUUGAUGCAGCAGUCAGCCACCUUGACGACCUUCACUCCCUGGAGGAUUUUCUGCUGAACCUCGGGAGGAAACACCAGGCAGUAGGAGUCAGCACCCAGUCAUUUGCUGUGGUGGGGGAGUCCCUGCUCUACAUGCUGCAGUGCAGUCUGGGCCAGGCCUACACGGCGCCCCUGCGUCAAGCCUGGCUCAACAUGUACAGCAUUGUAGUAGCAGCCAUGAGCCGUGGGUGGGCCAAGAACGGUGAACGCAAAGCUGACUGACACGACACGCACAGUGGGAUCUGCUGAGCAGCUUGCUGUCAAAUCACUCAACGUGGUUGCCAUGGAAUAAGGUUGUGUAACUUGCAGCAUUGUGGCUUCGGCUGCUGUACAUUUGCUCUGUGAUUGGGAUCACAUAGUGUAGCAAAUGUAUGGUGUGGUCACACUUUACAAUAUCUAAUGAUAGUUGGUUGACCGGUGAUCAGAGAGUUUAAUUUCCUGGCUGUGGGUGUUAAAGCUACCAGGCGAUGCUGCAGAGAUGCUGUGGGGAUCAAUGCCAACCGGCUUUGGACCUUCUCACUCUUUGGACCUGUAAUCUGUGGUCCUCACUUUGAAAAAGAAGCAUAACCAUUCAAGUUGCUUUGUAUAUAAUGGCUUUGAUAUAUCUGCUCAAAUGAUAACAAUGACUGUAGUGGUCUUUGUGAUGUAAAUUAAAAAGAGCUGGAUAAUUACAUUUAGGCAUCACAUACUGCUCAAACUGUGAUGUAGCCAGCAUGGUCAGCUCGUGGUCAGACUUGGACACAGUUAUCCUUCAUGCAUUAUAAACUUUGGGGCAAAUCAAUGUGAUUUCACUGAAAAAAAAAAAAAUCUUGCCACCUCAUACAAUACCACACUCGGUUUUUGAUUAAUAUAAGGCAAUCACAUACAAUAUCAAAACUCAUUACAUCUCUUUCAUUUGUGUGUGAAUUCAACUCUAAACCUAAUGAUAAUAGCUAAGUUUUUUUUUUUUUUUAAAUGAUAUUCAAUAUACUGACAGGAACUGUUAUACUCUCUGAUAGCUUUCCUCUGUGAUCUAUGACUGUUAAGGCGUCCAUGUGCACCUUACUUGACAUGGUGUUUGAUGCCCUCCUCAGUAGAGGUUGUGAACAUCUUAUUCUCCUAUUACAAUAGGCAUGAGCCGACUGUUACACUCUAACUAAUAGACUGUUAUAUUGCCUUUAGAGUUUGGAUGUAAAGGGCAUCUUGAGAGAUUUACAACAUCCUGCUUAUUCAGUUUUCAGCCAUUGUUAGUGUGAAGUAGUUUUGCUGUACUGUAGUAGCUUAUCUCAAUAAUGCUUGUUAAUGUUAUUGUUCAUCAGGCUGCAAACAUAGUAUUACUUUGACUUUAAAGGUCUGACAAGAGCAGCCUGUAUUUCAGCACCACUGCAUGGUGAGCUGAAGCUGAAAGUGUCUAUUUGUUUUGAAUUGUAACACGAGGACACUAAUGCUGAUUUUCCCCACAAUUUAUUCGUAUUAGACAACAUAAUACUUAAAUACUGUCUGCUGAGAUUGUCAAAUAUGUUAUUAUUGCUGCUAUAACACUGUAUGGAUCAUCCUCAGUUGCUAUUUACAUUUACUGUCACGAUGCCAAUAAUUUAGCAACGAUAUGCCAAGUAUUUGAUAAUAACACCAUACAACUAGAUUUCCAAGCUGCUGAUAUGUGGUUAUUAUCGCUUUAGUCUGAGUUUACAUUUAUAAAGUUUAUUUUUGUAUUCUGAAAUGUAUCUGUAGUUUUAGGAGUAGUGGUUUGCCAAAUGUGAAUUAUACCUUUUGCUUUAGGUUUCGACCCAAUAUGAGACAACCACUUAGCGUGUGCUGUGAGGAAUAUUUAUAGCAUCAAUUUGCUGCUGUCAAAGUAGCAAAUUAGCACAAACCUGACAGUUUUCAUUUAAUUAGAGUAAUGGCUGUAUUAUCCACUUCUAAAUGUACAAGCUCCGUAGAAUGAAGACUUAGUUUUUUAUUGAAAUAUUUCAUCCCUGCAUAGUCUGUUCAAUCUGUACUCUCCAACCCACAAGUGUAAUGUUUGUUAACUGACUGUGUAGGUGGUAUAUUUAUAGUGAUUCUUUUCCUGGUAUCAGUACAUGGCCCUAUGCAGGUUGUUGUUCUUCUUGUCUCUGUUUUCAAUUAGCUCAGAGGAGGUCUUUUUGGCAAGGCAUGACUGACACCUGGCAUGUUAUCCUUUCAGCAUCCAGGUCUGUACAUAUUGGGUGUGUCAAUGUCUACCUCAUCAUAUCAGCUGCUACUCAACAGCGAUGACUUCACCGUAGUUAUCCUUCAACCAAAAACACCCAUUUGACAGUUAAUGCAAGAACUCAACCUAGCAGCUUGUAAAUUGGAUUCCACUCUACACUUUAUAUUAUAACAUGU